AGAUCCGAACUGCUCCACCGUUCCCCCUCUCUCUAAAAAAGUGUCCGUUACCAUUUCCUGAAAAGUCAGACGCCGAAACCUCCCAAAAUACAAAAAUUAUCAGACAGAGACGUACACAGAGUCUGAAAGUCAAAACGGUGACGUAUUAUCUCAUUUUCCGAUGCCAGUCGCCGACGAGAAAUCACCGUCGGAAGGUAAAAUCUUAGGUUUGUUUAAGCUACCAUUUCGAAAUUCGAGCAAUACGACGUCGUCUAGCAACGUUCAACACCAUCAGAGUCAUCAGACGAACUCACAGGUCGAGGGUUUGAAUCCUCACAACAACAACAACAACAACAACAACGGCUCUUUGAGCUCGGUCUCUUCUGUUGCCAGAUCUCUUCUUCCAACACGACGUCGUCUUCGCCUCGACCCUUCGAACAAGCUCUACUUCCCUUAUGAACCUGGUAAGCAAGUGCAGAGUGCUAUCAGGAUUAAAAAUACAAGCAAGUCUCAUGUAGCUUUUAAGUUUCAAACAACUGCACCAAAAAGCUGUUUCAUGCGUCCUCCAGGGGCUAUUCUUGCUCCUGGCGAAAGUCUCAUAGCAACUGUAUUCAAGUUUGUGGAGCCUCCAGAGAACAACGAAAAGCCAUUGGAUCAGAAGAGCAAAGUGAAGUUUAAGAUUAUGAGCCUUAAGGUGAAAGGAGUGAUGGACUAUGCGCCUGAACUAUUUGAUGAGCAGAAGGAUCAAACGGCAGUAGAGCAGAUAUUACGGGUUGUUUUUCUAGAUGUGGAGCGUCCCACACCUGCUCUGGAAAAACUUAAGCAGCAGUUGGCUGAGGCUGAGGCUGCACUUGAGUCUCGCAAGAAACCUCCAGAGGAUACAGGCCCAAAGAUUAUCGGUGAAGGACUUGUCAUAGAUGAAUGGAAAGAAAGAAGAGAAAGGUACCUUGCACGACAGCAGGUUGAAGACUCUAUUUAGACUGGAGCUUUCUUCUUCUUUCAAGUUUUUUACUGGAACUGAAAUUUUCAGAGUCUACCUUCGAUAGUAAGGUCAUUUUCUGCCCUUCAUCUUUUGGCGUAGAUGUUUGUUUUCUCUUCAUGUAAAAGAUGUGAGUCGAAUCUUGUGAAAGGUAACUACAUGCCUGGUUUGUUGGCACCAACCUGUAGAUAAUAAUUUUGCUUCUUUGAAAACAAGUAUAUUGAUCUCUGUGGGAUACAAGGAACCAAAUUGAUCUAUUGGUAUUUACUGUGAUAUGGUUGGUUUGCAUGUUAGCUUCAGAAUUUUCGGACU